AAUUAUGUCUUAUGAUGAUAACGUGGGUUAUACAAUUAUUGUUUAUUACACAUAAGUACUACACAUGAAGAUUUUUUUUUGUAAAUAUUUAAUUAUAAGUUUAAUAUUAUAAUCGAAUUUUAUUGGAAAUAUGGCUAGUAAAUUUGAAUUGUCAAAAACAGUGAGUGAAGAUGAGAAUACGACGUCCAAAGACAUGAUGCUCGCUGACAAAAUAGUAAAUAUACCUUUGACAAUACCUAAUGGAGACCAUAAACUUCAACAUCAAUAUUGGUUUUGGUUCAGUCGCCGAUUUCCUGGAAAACCUGGUAAUACUCCCAGUUAUGACCAGAAUCUUAAAUAUCUUGCAAGAUUUGGAUCAGUUGAACAAUUUUGGACAAUUUAUAGUCACAUGGUUAGACCCUGUGCGUUGCAAUCGCAUUGCGAGUUUCAUUUAUUUAAAGUUGGAAUCAAACCCAUGUGGGAGGAUGAAUCUAAUGCAAGAGGAGGAAAAUGGGUUUUGCGAAUACGUAAGGGUUUGGCAUCUAGAUGCUGGGAAAAUCUUAUUCUAGCUAUGCUCGGUGAGCAAUUUAUGGUAGGUGAUGAAAUAUGUGGUGCAGUUGUUUCAUUAAGAUUUCAAGAAGACAUAAUAUCAAUUUGGAAUAAAACUUCUUACGAUCAAGGUGCAACAAAUAGAAUUAGAGAUACUUUACGAAGAGUAUUAAAUUUGCCACCUAAUACCAUUCUAGAAUACAAGACGCAUAAUGAGAGUAUCAAAUCUGUAUCAAGCGUUUAUAAGAUAAAUGGUGCUUUUAUGCAUUAAUUUUUUCUCGAGUAUGUUUACAAAAGCAAUAAAAAUAUAAAAAAGGAAUAAGUGCAACUAAACAAGAGGAUUUUUAUGAUGGAAUAACAAACAGUCAAGUGAUAAAGUAAAUAUAAAUGCAUUACAAAAUAUUAUUUAUAAUACACAAAUAAAAUAUAAUAAAAAUAAUUCUAAGUUAUAA